CGAGUUCUCUGAACGUUUUUCUGCGAUUGACAUAGUAGAUCUGGAAAACACGUUUAACAAACUUUACAGUAUCGGGUUUGUUAUUAAUGUUGCUAUUUGUUGUCAUCUGCAUUUACAGAUAUAUCAGAUAAUUUUAAUAUUUUAUAACAAACUGCAAGUAAAACUAAGGACAAAUGUAAUUACGAAGAAAGGCGUAUUACGUGGCUCUUGAAAUGUCGCCCUUUUUAACUGUCUCUUUGCCUAUGGUGUUGUGGGAAUAAAAUUCAAAUGUGUCUCUGGAUACAGCCAAACAUUGUUAAAGCAUGGCGAGUGUAGAUAUGAGUCUUGACGAUAUCAUUCAAAAGAAAAUAGUGAAAACCCCUUAUGGGCGCGCAAGGCUGAAAAGAAACCAGCAGAAAAAUGAAUCUUCGCGAAAUGUUAAAAGAAAUAAUGCGCCUCGUAAGAGAGGGGGCAUAACAAAAAUCAGCGAUGCUCGGUUGAAAAUCAUACAAAAUAAACGACAGAAGUUGACAGAUGCCCGAGAUAAGUUGGCUGAAAUCGCGAAGAAGAGUGAUGCUAGAGAGAAACUGGAGAAACUUCGACUAAAACGGAUGAAAGGCAGACCAGGCUCUCAAGUUAAUGCCAACAUUACAAGAAGAACAAAUCGCAAUGGGCAGGUAACAUUGAGCACAAACAAAAAUAGAGAAAGCUGGCCAAGAAAUAAAGACAACAUACUUCCAAAUUCCAGAGGUUUUAGAAGUUCUGCACCAGCUCUUAUGGAUAUGGAUAUAGAUUUCAAUGAUGAACAUGAUCUGCUGCCACCAGUUAUUAGACGCACAGUAAACAAUGAAACUUCAUUUCGUGGUCAUGGAAUUCAUGACAGCUCCUUUUCUUGGGGUCGAGAUUGCCCACCAUCACCAAGUUCUCUUCUGAGUGAACGUCGUCCAUUACUUCCCAGUCGUCAUACAUCUACACCUGACUCUUCGAGUCUUGAAGCGAUAGUAAGGAGUAGUGCAGCUCGAUCACACAAGAAUCAUGGAUCGUUACUGCUUUCUGAACGAGAGGAAUGGAAACGGGACAACAGCUUACUGAGACCAAGUAGCCUAAGAUUGCGGUCUGUACCUCUAAUAAUUUUGCUAUCUUCAUUAUUUCUGUACACUGUGACUAAAAUUAGUUUAGAACUAGUGUUGUUUCUGGUGUUGAUUGCAUAUUGCCAUUGCAGAUCAGGACUUGAUGAUUCAGAAGAGGAGGGUCCAUGGGCUCACAGAAUGAGUUCAGAACUGAAGGCACGACUUGAUACACCCAGCAGUGUUCACCACACACCAUCCUCUUCUCAAGGACAUCGAAUUGUAGUUUCCAAUUUGCAACCAAGUGUGACCCAGGAAGAUAUAAGGGAAUUGUUUGAAGACAUUGGAACAUUAGUUGUAUCACGUUUGGUGCGGCCAGGCACUGCGGAAGUUGUGUAUGCUAGACUUGAGGAUGCAUUACGUGCAGUAGACGUUUAUCAUAAUCGACAACUUGAUGGGCAGCCAAUGAAGUGCAUGUUGGUGAAUUCUCGACCUCCUGUCUUACAAAGUGGCAGUCGGAGUUCUUCCACUGGUUUACGGUCAACUUCAGAUGCAGCAAUAAAAUUGCCAACAGGCACGAAGUCAUCAGUUGCUCCUGAUAUUGGAACAAUCCACAAGGCCCUGUUCAACAAAUCCUAAUUUUCUGGCAGUUCUGUCUAAUGGCAUAAAACCAUAUGGACAUAAUUUGUUUAAAGUUGUGUUUUGACAUUAGCAAACAGUGUGUGUAGGCACAUUGUACAAUAUGCAUGAUUUUGUUGAUGUGUAUACUUACAAAAAGCAGAUGUAAAGGAAGCAGGGUCACAUCCUGUAUGUCCUGGUUAAAAUACUGUCAUUUAUAUUGCUGUGGAACUUUUGAAGUGCUGUUGUUUUUUGCCUGCCAAAGAAAGCUCCACUGCUCCUUUAUUAUUGGUAGCAUUUCGUGUUUCACUUGACAAGAGUGAAUGUACACGAUUUUUAGCAAUGUGUCUGUUGAAUGCGAACAUUAAAAGCUCUUUCACAACAGUACUGUUAUAACUUGAAAAAUUUAAAGCAAUAUCUAUUUUUAAUAAUGCAGAGCAUAGACAGUAGAAUCACCCUUGGCAGAUGAUUGUAGUUGGCAGUUAAUGCAAGUAUGCAGUAUAUGUUAAAAUAUAGAACUUAAUCUUUCAGAACAAGAAGCUUGUUCUACAGGAGUAACUGAAGAGAGCAGUGAAGUGUGAACACGAUGAAGACCUGCUUGGGGUGAAUCAUAUUUAUCGAUUACAUAAAUUUCUUUGUUUCCCUACCUGUCUAUCCUGAACUAUUUUUUUUAGUGUGAAGUUGUUACAUUAUUUAACAAUACAUUGAGUGUUUCCUCUGGGAUGAUAAAAAUAGCGAUCAGGGCUAGACCUGAUUUCUCAUGCUGUUACUUUUAAGUUUUUGUUUUGAUUUUGUAAGAGUUGUCUUUUCUAAAUAUGUGUAUCACGUGAGACUUGGCCAACUGAUAUGAUACUGAGAAGACCAGUGAUUUCUGCUGUCUGUGAGGAUAUCACACUGGGAAACAAAUGUAUAUUCAUUGCUAUUAAAACGCCUUUGUCACAUUA